AUGAAUAACGUUCCUAUCUUGAAAGAAAUAGUUAUGCUACGUGAUGAGGCGGCUCGUCUUCUUGACUAUCCCAACCAUGCUGCCUUCAGGUUGGAGGAAAAUAUGGCUAAGAACCCGGCAAACGUCAAUGCAUUCCUAACGGACCUACAGUCUAGACUCAUAGCUGGUGGACGGAAAGAUCUAGAGGCCUUGAAGGCGCUCAAGAAGUCUGAUAUGGAAUCUCGAGGAGAGAUCUUCAAUGGUCACUACUUCAUCUGGGAUAACCAGUAUUAUGGAAUAUUCGGUCGACCAGCAAAAUAUUGCAGAUACUUCCCACUGCAAAGCACCAUCAAAGGGAUGCUGCGGACUUUCCAGCAGCUCUUUGGUCUUGCAUUCGUGGAGAUUCCUAGUGCCGAGAGCAGCGGGUUUUCAAAAUAUGACGGCGGAGAAGGUCUUGCCUGGCAUGAAGAUGUUCAAUUAUACUCUGUCUGGGAUAGUAAAGAUGAGGGUGGUGGCUUCCUUGGAUACCUGUAUCUGGAUCUGUACUCACGGGAGAACAAAUGUUCGAAUCCCAGCAAUUGGAACUUGCAACCCGGGUUUGUUCACGAGAAUGGCACCCGCCACUAUCCAUCCACAGUGUUGAUUUGCGCAUUCUCCAAGCCGACACCCAAAAAACCGACCCUACUGCAACAUGGCGAGGUCGUCACUCUAUUUCAUGAGCUUGGACAUGGCAUCCAUGAUCUGGUGUCGAAGACUCAGUUCUCUCGAUACCACGGCACGAUGACCGUCAUAGACUUUGGUGAAGCACCUAGUCAGAUGCUGGAGAAUUGGUGUUGGACACCAGCGACGCUGAAGUCCCUCAGUCGGCAUUACUCGACCCUAUCAGAGGGAUGCCUUAGAUCGUGGGAAGAGCAGGCAAAUGGAAAUCCGCCCCCGACUGAGACUAUUCCUGAUGAGAUGAUCGAGAAACUGAUCAGAGCUAAGAACGUCAAUGGUACUUUGUUCCAGCUACGCGUCCUGCAUCCCAGCGUGUUGGACAUGAUGAUUCAUCAACCUGAGACUCACGAGGCAUUGGAUCAAAUGAACUUCUCCGAGCAAUACAACAAGAUCCGGAAAGACCUCACAGGUAUGGGUGGUCCCGAAGUGCUUGGCGAAGGUUGGGAAUGGGGGCAUGGUGAUGGUAAUAUGGGCCACCUCGUCGGAGAUUAUGACGCUGGCUUGUACGGGUAUCUAUACUCGAAAGUAUUUGCGGACGACAUGUUCCAGACAGUCUUCGAGAAAGAGCCUAUGGAUGCCAAGGCAGGCAGGAGAUACAGAUAUGCAGUUCUUGAGAAAGAGGGAGGUCAGGAUGAGAUGAAGACUUUGACUGACUUCCUUGGUCAGGAGCCGAAAAUGGAUGCUUUCUUCGAGGACCUAGGUAUUGGUUAA